UGAAGUAGAUGCACGCGGACGUUUAUAGAGAAGACAUACACGGAACACAGUCGCGUUCUAAAGUGAAACAUGUUGCUCCGAAUUAUUACUGACAACUACAUAUUGUUUUCGUGCAUUUCGACAAUUCUUGUUUAACGGAAAAAUUUAGAAAGUGGAAUUAAUUAAUAUCGAUGUUGCACAGUUCGCCAUAUUUGUGAGUUAAGGUUGAACCAAACUCCUAGUUAACUAUUUUGAUUGUCUACAAGUUAAAAAACAAAAUGACCCGGAAGUACACAGACAAUGAACUUUUGGCCUUGACCAGGAACAGACGAGAGGCAAAGGCACUUAGAACUCGGAUGGAGAAACUGGACGAGGAGAGGGCUCAGUUUCAUGACGUAUGUGGUAAGGAAAAAACACAGAUGAAGAGUAUUCGUAAGGAACAUAGGCGUUCAUCGGGUAGUAGUCCAUUUCUGUGGGACGACCCACAGGUUAGAAGUCAGUCGGUUGACCCUUCUCUUCUGCGGCGAUACUCUAAGCCCUGGUCCAUCUGUCCGAGCGAGACGACCCAUAACAUCGUGUUUAAGGAAGUGUCAUUAAUUAGGCCCUUCUCUUCCAUCAACGCUGCCAGACCAAAGAGUGAGCCGAACCGAAAACGAAGAUCUUUAACAGCAAGGACUGUAGUAAAUGGUCAACAAGAACGGAUAAACAAAGAGUCGCCUUUUUGUGCAAGAGAAGAAGCUUGGAAAAGCAGCAAUUCAAACGAAUUUGACCCCGUAGACAAAAGUGGUACUGGAAACCUAUCCAGUACACCACUGUUGGAUCGUGCACAGGAGAGGGAAAAUACGUCUAUCGUAGACGACAUUAACAAAAGGGAUGGCACUGAAAGACGUGAUUCAUCAGGUGAUGUUUUUGGAUUUUCACAGGAGUCAACUACCGAGAAGGACCCAAACGGCAAUAUGACAGAUUCACAAAUAAGUCGAAACGAAGAUGUAGCCAAUGGAAAUCAAAAUGAUGUCAACAGGCAACAAAGUUCAAAUCAGAAUGAUACUACAAAGCCUCGAACGCUGAAAAAGAAACGCAAAUCUAUGUCGAAGCGUCCAAGUACAGCAUUCACGACUGUUUUACCUAGUGUGUCCGAAACACAAAAUCAGGAAGCGCUUGUUCAAACAGAUAAAAUAAAAGCGUCGGUCAAUGCUGGUCUGGAAGACGAUCCGGCUUCAACAGCACGUGAAGCAAGUAAGGGCACAAUGAAUGGGAAUAUUUACAAUACAGAAGGGGACAUUCGGACGGCAGUAGAAGAAUUUUCCUCUAUUCAUUUAUCUGAAAAUGUUCCGUCCGUUGCUGAUAAAGAAAUCGUCGAAAUCAAUCCAGCAAUCAGUUUCGAUGUAAAUUUAACUCAUGAUGACUUACCAAGAAAUGAUACCGACAAAUUCGAUAGAGAGAGACCAGUAACGCGUAUCGGUACGGAACGUCAGAUAUCCCGUGUCAGUGCCACUGCGUCGACUCAGCAUGGGGAACCCCGCCCCUCUACUGUAGUCGGUGGAGAGGUAUUGGACUUUGAAAGUCUCUCCGACGCCGAAGACGGAGACAACGUAACAUACUUCAAGGGUCAAAGGUUACGAAACUAUGUCAGUCCACAACGACGUUACAAGCAGGACCCAUUCCGAUUCAAAAGGCGUGAAAAACUGUUCACAAAGCUUGCAAAAGAUAAUCCUGAUAUUGUCGAGGAAGUCCGCAGAGAUAGCGUAAAAGUAGAGCUAAGUUUAUCAAAGUCUGCUAGGGCCCGGUUAUUGGAACAACUCGUUACGGAAAACAGUCAGCGGGAAACUAGCAGACGACUCGCACAAAAGGACAAGAAUAUGAAUGGAAGGAUUAAGAAAUUUAUCGGGUCUAUAUCUUAUCUAUGUAAUGAGACGGACGAGAGGAGUAAACAGAUGCAUCCGCUGUUGGCAUGACAUGGAGGAUUAAUUCAUCGAAAAAGGAACGAGUGCCUAUUUACAAUGGUAGAAAUGGUAGUUAUAGAUUAUUUAAUGACUACUUUGACAUGCAUUGUGUAAAUGUGGUGGUUAGGACGGAGGGAGGUAUGCACACUGAACAAUACAGACGUGUAAGAGAAACUGUUACAAAUACAGGCGUUAGUGUGUAGGUAUCGAAUGUUGUUACGUACAAAUGUAUUACUUUGACGUAGAUUUCAGUAAAACCAUGUACUCACUUUUAGUACUUAUAAGUACUUUUAUAAUAGAUUCCAAAUUUUGAUGUUUAAAAAAUAAUGCCUACAUAAAGCAUGAUAUGCCCUGAUUAUGAAUAUGGUAUAUUUUAUAUCUUUCUUUUCUAUACGCUUUUCAUAUUGCAUACUUUUUUGUAAACAUACACAAUUUAAAACUAGUCCAGUUCAUACGUGUUUAUUGCUGACUUAUUUGACUUGAUAAGAUAUAUAGACUGAUAUGCAGGUGUAGAUGAUUAUAUUGGUAUUGUGAUUUUGCAUUUCAGGACUAGUUUGAAUUUACUGCUCUUCGAGAAUUGAAACUGUAAAAGCUAUCAGUAUUUCAACUAUUAAAAGCGAUAUCAAU